CAAAAAUGAAUGAAAUUCGGAUAAAAUUGUAAAUGUUGUACAAUAAUAUGACAAAAUGUGAAAUCCUGUAAUGUGCUUUGGUUUUGUUCUUUGUAAUAUUAGUAAUUAAUGAAUUGUGUUUGUUGUGCAGUACUGUUAUCUACAGAUUCCGCACCCUGUAUUGCUUUCGUUGUUUGAGCUUGGGACUUAACUGGCGGUGUUCGCACAGUUGAUAGAGCUAGACGCAAGUGUGCGCGUCUCAAAGCACUAAUAAUUUCAGUACUCUUCAGCUGUUCGUAAGUCAACAAGUGCGAUGAUCUUAUGUGGAGAGCACUCGUGGAGAUUCCCGUGACGCUCCGUGAAUUACGUGCAUGAAGCCCAAUCUGCGGGCCUCACAACAUUUUACUGGCCGCUUGUCUUUGGACUUCUGGCGCACUGUGGGCCAUGAUCGAAAUUUCUGCGCGUUUAACGCGUGGCGCUAUCUAUUUUGCUGGAGAAGUCCUGGAAUGCUGGAUCACUCUUCGCAACUCGAGCGCUGAACCUGGCGAGAAAGACGCAUCUGCAAAAGCUGGAGUUGGCCCAGGCGAGACGGCAUCCGUUGCUUUCGUUAGUGGACAGAUACACUGUCAAUGCAGUGUGGAGGAAUCCAAAGUCGUUCUCCCUGCAGAUUUCUCGCAGGCUGAUCUAGGCAAGCGAAGGGAUUCUUCGACGAAUUUGUCGGAUCAGAACACGUUUUGUUUGGUAUCCACUGUACCCAAACUUCUCGUUGGCAGCUUAUCUCUUGCUCCGGGCGAAGAAUUUAAUGUGCUUUAUUCGGAAACCAUCCCCAAAUCGGAUGUUCCGUCGUUCCGGGGGGGGAUUUUAGUGCGGUAUGCAUGGAAAUUAGCAUUCGGCUGCCAAGUGCUCGGACGCGAUACAACCGUAAUUCAUAUUCCGCUGUACAUUCUUGUUAUCAAAGAUUUGGAAAACUUGUUAAACUUGAACGAUGACCUGAGAAUGCUCGCAAUUACGGAGGACCUGGCUGAGAAUGCCUCAGCACCAAAAACAAAUGGAUCAAAUGGUGCGACAAAAGAAAACGGAAUUCAUGCUUCCUAUCCUGCUGUUACCAUCGAAGCGGCCAUGGAAAUUUUGGACAAUUUAACAAGCCGGAAAUCAUUGAAAACGUACAAUAUCGAGUCCAGUAGCGGAAAAAUAGGCAAACUGAGUCUUUCUAAGACUAAGUUUCGCCUUGGCGAGGACAUCUUGGGACGGUUCGACUUUAAAGAUCGCAGUAUUACUUGUGUUCAGUACCUUGUCAGUUUGAUCAGUGAGGAAAGCAUCAAGGAAGAACACCGCAAAUCAAAGAACAUUGCUCCAACGGAAACUAUCGCCGGCAAAGUACACGAUUUCUGUUUAUGCUUGGAGCAAACCAACUUCAUCCUACCGGUGCCUCUCCAUAUAACUCCCAGUUUCUCUUCUGAUAUAAUGGAAUUAAAAUGGAAGCUCCGGUUGGAAUUUGCCUUAUCAGGCGAGAUUUUGCAGCUGGACGUACCGGCUGUGGGCCAGGCCGAACAGAGCGUAUUGUGGCGGCCUCCGCUGCGCGUCCCGGUGGAAACAUUAGUAUGGGAUGUUCCGGUCGAAAUAUUCCCCACCGACCCAAUUCAGGUGCAGAGUGCUCAUUUGCGCGACAGUCUCGGUUCGGAUGUGAGAGUUAGACUGUAGUAUCAUGUAUGCACGUCCUUUUCACUCUAUGUGACCGAAAUUAUUAAUCUGGAUCUGUUUUGAUUUGUCAUUUGGAAGUUUUGAUUGAUUUUAUCGCCAGAUCGUUUAUUUAUUUUUCCACUCUUUUAGUGCUGUUGUGGUGCUGCUCGUUCCAGGAAACUUGUUGGUUUAUUUUUAUGCCAAGAAACGUGAAUUCGAUAGUUUUUUUUAUUACUUGAACCUAUUAAAAAGUAAUUUACCAU